UGUACAAAAUGGCGGCAGGUUUGAUUGAUUGGAAGAAAGUGAUUGUACGCGUAUGUUGGACUGUGAUAUGUUUGUUUAUCCUGUCCUGAGUGUGUGUACAGGACAGCCUUGAUAAUUAAUGGUAGCCGAAGAAUAGACCCGGUUAGUGCGUUUCAUCCAGUGUUAUUGUGUGGGAAAAUGCUAAGACAAUGUUCGCGUCAGACACUCAACAAUUGCAUAAGCUUUGUUUGUUGUUUACGUUGCACUCAGUAAUAUUCCAGCUAUAUGACGACGGUCUGUACUUAAUCGAGUUUGGACAAGACAAUUCUUGAUUGAUAUUCAUUGAUCCACGCAAUGGAAACUGGAAUACGAUGACAUGCAAUCAUUAACCUUGUCACCGAGCAAGAUCACCCGAUCCAUUUUGUCGACACUUACAAGCCUAAGCUACUUCUAUUAACUGACGGCUCUUAGUUCGGAAUCAUAGAUAAAUCCCAGUAAUGAGUGAUUGAGAAGCACAUGCAGGAAGGCCACCAGUCCAUCAGAGGAACAGGUGAACCAGCUCAGACACAAGGGCUGCCAUCGCCACCAUCGCCACCAUGGUGCAUGAGAUCGAGGACUUCUAUGGCGUUUACCUCCUGUACAAUCUGAACCCCCGGUACAAGGGAAGGACCUAUAUUGGGUACACCGUGGACCCCAACAGGAGGAUCAAACAGCACAACACAGGGGCACAGGCAGGAGGGGCGUGGCGCACAGACGGGAAAGGACCUUGGGAGAUGAUCCUGAUAAUCCAUGGCUUCCCCAAUGAUAUCUCAGCAUUACGGUUUGAGUGGGCCUGGCAGCACCCAGACAAAUCCAGACGCCUCCGCCAUCUACCAAAGAAGACACGCAAAGAAACAGCACAUCAAUUCCGAUUCCGAAUUGUUUCCCAAAUGCUCCGAACAGGUCCAUGGAAUCGUCUCCCACUCACGAUCCGCUGGUUGAAGCAAGACUACUGUCUUGACUUCUCCCCAGCGAGUGCACCCCCCUCACACAUGCCCAUCGUGUACGGCCCCGUGAGGAGCAAGAAGGUCAGGAAGGCAGGCAAGGGGAAGACUCCAAAGGAGAGCACGGAGGACACAUGUAACCAGAGCGAGAUCACAAGUCUAAAUGUGAGGCACAGGGUCUGCCCCGUGUGCUACAAGAGAUUGAAGCCUGAUGACACGACUGUAGCCUGCUACCAUCCCCAAUGUCAGAUGGAGGCUCACAUCCUGUGUUUGGCUCAACGCUUCCUGUACGACCCAGGUCAAAUAAUCCCAAUCGAAGGCUUCUGUCUCAAGUGUAAGCAGCCCCUCCUGUGGGGCGACCUUAUCAGGCACAAGCGGGGCUGCUACCAGAACCUCGCUGAGUCGUCAACCCAGGGAGAAUCCCAAGCAGACAGCGAGAGCGACACAUGGUGAAGGUGUUUUGUGUCACUGACCUUGACACCGCUAUUAGGAGAGUGAUGGGUCAUGUUUGACUGACCUUGACACGGCUGUUAGGAGAGUGAUGGGUCAUGUUUGACUGACCUUGACACGGCUGUUAGGAGAGUGAUGGGUCAUGUUUGACUGACCUUGACACGGCUGUAAGGAGAGUGAUGGGUCAUGUUUGACUGACCUUGACACGGCUGUUAGGAGAGUCAUGGGUCAUGUUUGUCUGACCUUGACAUGGCUGUAAGGAGAGUGAUGGGUCAUGUUUGACUGACCUUGACAUGGCUGUAAGGAGAGUGAUUGGUCAUGUUUGACUGACCUUGAUAUACCAGUGUUCCGGGUUAGAGAAAUUCUUCAGCAACCCAUGCUUGUCAUAAGAGACGACUAACAGGAUCGUGUGGUCAGGUUCUUUGACUUGACUGAUACAUGUCAUCCUAUCCCAAUCCCAAUCCCAAUCUAUGCUCAUGAUGUCCAUCACUGGAUUGGCAGGUCCAGAUUUGGUUAUUUACAGAUUGCUGUCAUAUAGCUGGAAUAUUGCUGAGUGCGGCAUUAAACAACAAACAAAUUAUCAAAUGAAACAAGACAAACUGACCUUGAUACUGCUGUAAGGAGUUUGAGGAGGCAAUGUUUGACUGACUUUCAUGGAGCUCUAGGGGCAGUCGGGUAGCCUAGUGGUUAAAGCGUUCGCUCGUCACACCGGAGACCUGGGUUCGAUUCCCGACAUGGGUACAAUGUGUGAAGUCCAUUUCUGGUGUCCCCUGCCAUGAUAUUGGUGGAAUAUUGCUAAAAGCGGCGUAAAACCAUACUCACUCACUCACUCAUGGAGCUGUAAGGUGAGUGAUGGUCAUGUUUGAAUGUUUGAAUGACCUUGAAACAGCUGUAAGGAGACUGAUGGUCAUGUUUGAUACAGCUGUAAGAUGUGCAGCUGUAAGACAUAGAAACAUGUGGUAAUAAUUUAUCUUGCUGAUCUAGCAGCAUUUGCAGGACAGAGCAUGGAAAUGUACUGUCUGGGCUCAGGGCAAGAAGAGGAAGUCACAAAAAACACAAAUUAAUUGUGACCAAAGACCUUGAUGGUGUUCAUCAGGACUAGUAUUAUAUUUGAUUUCAUAUAGACGAUGAUUUGAUGAAAUUAUUUCUUUAGGAACUGGCAUUUCAAUUAUAUAAAAUCAAAGGGACUUUCUUAUAUCCAAUACUGUCUUAUCACAUGCACCACAUUAAUAUUAUUCGUAUUUCUCAAAUAAUUCGGUUAUCUAACAGUACACAUGAGCAUCAGUUAAGCACAACCUGAUUCAAAAUUCGAAUAAUAAUGACAGACCCUGAUCUGAAACCAGUUGAACACCUUUGGGAUUACCUUGGCCGCCAAGUGAGAGCUAGGGACCCUACAGUUCAAAACCAGAAUGAAGUGACACUGGUGCUGUACCCAGAAUGGCAGAGGAUCCAAUGUUAAACAUCAGACGGAUCAGCAGCAUGAGCAGAUGCCUUGUGAAUGUCAUCCAUCAGAUGUCGUAAGAGAGGACUAUGCUUGUAAAAGGCGACUAACGGGAUCGGGUGGUCAGGCUCGCUGACUUGGUUGAUGCAUGUCAUCGAUCCCAAUUGCGUGGAUCGAUGCUCAUGAUAUUAAUCACUGGAUUGUCUGGUCCAGACUUGAUUAUUUACAGACCGCCGUCAUAUAGCUGGAAUAUUGCUGAGUGCGGCGUUAAACAACAAACCAAACAAACCAAAUCAUCCAUCAGAGUGCUGGAUACUCCAGACACUGAUUGCAGGGUCAGUGGUGAUUCCAAGAGUGACAAUACUCGUUUUUCACUUCAUAAUGUGACAAUCAAAUUAAUGGGGUGGGCUGGGUGCUGAUUCUAUGCAGCAUUGUUGAAAUGAAACCUUCUCAGACUUGUUUGCAUUACGCCAAUAAAAUGCUAGUUCAGUGCCAGCUUUAUCUGUGUGUUGGUAGUGUCAGACGUUCUGUUUGUCAGAUUGCUAUUCUCUUGUCAUAUUCAACAAUGAAUCUCACUAGUCUUUUUUUUUUUAAUGUAGCACAUAUCUGAAAAGGUCGGUGGUGCUUUAUUAAUGCUCAUGUGUAUAUUUAUAACUGUGUUAUUUAUGACUAUAUGGGUAGCCAAGUGGUUAAAGCGGCGCUCGUCACGCUGAAGACGCGGUUCGAUUCCGACAAGGGUACAAUGUGUGAAGCCCAUUUCUGGUGUACCCCGCCGUGAUAUUGCUGGAAUAUUGCUAAAAUCGGCGUAAAACCAUACUCACUCACUCAGUAUUUAUGUCUAUUGUGUAUCUCCAUUAGCUGUAGCUGUAGUGAGUCUGUAAUGUAACACUUCCUCACUGAUAGUAUAUCCAAUGAGAUUCCUUGUUAUUUAGAUUGUCAAAGUACGGAUAAAGUUAAACUUGGGUACAGGAAACCUUGUUUCCAGACAACGUAGUCUGGUACAUCUACACUUGGCCGGAUCUACAUGGGGUGAUCCAUCAGUCUGAGAUGGGAAGUCCAUAUUUUUUAUCUCCAUUUUCCCCCAACUUGAUACAGUAAUUUCUCAUUUAAAACACCAGAGAUUGUUGAUUGUAACACAGACUUUUCGAUAAACCCUUUUGAAAUAUUAUGCUGUCACCAACUGGGUGAUAGUGCCUUCAGUUCCUUUAGUUCCUUUGUGUCCAUAUUCCAUGUUUAAGCAGUUCCAUAUCAUUGAACCAUACCUGUUAUCACUGCCUUUAAACUGAUUAAGCUUAACUCCACAUAGAUUAGAACCCAUGAAGAUCCGGGGUAGAAUAGGUCUUCAGCAGCCCAUGCUUGCCGUAAAAGGGGACUAUGCUUGUGGUAAGAGGCGACUAACGGGAUCAGGUGGUCAGGCUCGCUGACUUGGUUGAUGCAUG